CUCUUUUGGAGCACUCCCAAAGUGAAUAUAACAUGGAGUGGACCAAGAUGGGGACCUUUUUCCUACUUUUAUUGCUUGCAUUGACAGCCCUGGCAGAGUGUCAUCGGGGCUACUACAGCAGGCGUGACAAGCGGGAGGCUUUGGUGCGCUCCAAAAGAAGGUGGGUUUUGUCGACGAUUGAAAUACAGGAGGAAGACACAGGGCCAUUUCCAAAACAAAUUUCGCAGAUGUUCAAUGACCAGACUCACCAUGAGGGGGAAAAGUACCGCAUAAGUGGAAUGGGUGUGACUGAGCCACCGCUGGGAGUGUUCGAGAUCAAUGAGAAUAACGGAGUCGUCUAUGCUCUUAGACCUGUCGACAGAGAGCAACAUAAUCUCUUCAACAUCAAGUUUGAUAUCUUGAGCAAACAGUCGGGCAAAGUAAUAGACAAGGAACUGGCUUUUAUUGUAGAAGUACUGGACAUCAAUGACAAUGCGCCGCAGUUUGAGGUCACUCAAAUGGAAGCCGAUGUGAUGGAAAAUAUGCAAGACGACUUGCCAGUGCACCUGCUGGUCAAGGACAUUGAUCAGUGGGACACACCCAACGCUGAAGUCACCAUCAGCGUGCUUUCACAGAAUCCCAAAACUCCAACGAUUACAUUGAAGCAGAUCAACAACAGAAUAGCCAAACUCACUGUUGACGGAUGUUUUGACUAUGAUAAAAUAAAGAAGUAUGAAGUCGUUGUUGGAGCAAGUGAUCAUGGAACGCCGUCCCUCUCCUCCACUGCCGUAGUUACUCUCAAUAUUGUUGACUCAAACAGUCAUCAGCCAACGUUCAAGGCUAAGGAGUACCACGGUGAGGUGAUGGAAGCAACCACCAAGAGCGAUGUUUUGAGGAUUGCAGUAGAUGACAAAGACACUCCUAACACUCCUGGCUGGCGUGCUAAAUACUACUUCAUUAAAGGGAAUGAGGGAGAAAACUACAAAAUUGAAACUGACCCUAAAACCAAUGAGGGUAUUCUGAGUGUCAUCAAGGGCAAAGAUUAUGAGAAGACAACUAAUACUACUCUGCAGAUUGGAGUGAAGAAUGAGGAGGACAUUUUUUAUUGCAAAAAUAAAGCAGCUGGGGGCACGGACCAACCUCCACCUGAACAUACAGUCAACAUCAUAAUGAAAGUGAUUGACAUCAAUGACCCCCCACAGUUUGACAUAGACAAAUCUGACGUGUACCAGCAAGAAGAGGAGGCACCCGGAAAGUUGCUUUUCACUCCCAAGGUGACAGAUGUCGACUCUGUUGUAUCCAAAAUCAGGUAUGUGCUGCUCAAGGAUCCAGCUGACUGGGUGAAGGUUGAUGAGAAAACGGGCAAAGUCACAACAACUAAGAAGAUGGACAGAGAGUCACCCUUUGUUGAUGAAAGUAACAUUUACACAGUCAUCGUCGGAGCCAUAGAUGAUGGUGAGCCUCCAGCCACAGGAACAGCCACUGUUCUGAUCCACCUCAGAGAUAUCAAUGACAACAUGCCUAGGCUGGUUAACAAAAGCAUCAUUUUAUGUGGAAACAAGGGUAACAAGGUCAUGGUGCCUGCAACAGAUGCAGAUGCCCGUCCUUACAGCGGGCCCUUCGCCUUCUCCCUGGGAAGUGAUGACAAAACACUGUCAGAGCGAUGGAAACUAGAACCUGCCUUUGGUGAGGAAUGUGGGCUUGUUAGUCGGAAGACACUUGCGUACGGUAACUAUUCAGUUCCACUGGAGAUUCAGGAUCAACAGGGCGUGAGUGGACAUGGUGCUGUGGAAGUGAUGGUGUGUGACUGUCAAAAUGGAGAUGUUUGCCGCAACAAAGAGCCUGCCACUGCCAGGCUUGGACAAGCGGCCAUAGGGCUGUUCUUUCUAGGACUUCUGCUAUUUUUGUUGCUGCUACUCGUCUUCCUGUGUCAGUGUGGAAAAAAGGACUUCAAACAUAUUCCCAUAUUGCAGGAUGAAGGCAACCAGACCCUCAUCAAGUACAACCAAGAAGGAGGGGGCUCAGAGUGCAAGAUGGAGCCCACUCUGCUCCUGACACCUACAAACGGUGUGAAUGUGACAGAUGGCAUAAAAACGGGCACCAUGAAGAUGUCUCAGACGGCUCCGGCGAUGGCCCAGUAUAUGGAAGCGUACGACAGCUCAGGGUUGACCAUGAUGAACUCCAUGACCUCAAUGGGAAUGCAGCGUCAAAGAGACACUUUGAGGAGUCAGGGCGGAGGGCAAGCCAUGUACUCUGCAUGGACAACAAGCAGAUCCAACACCUACCAGGGAAACUCGUCACAAUGCGGCCGCUCCUACAGCCUACGAUCGAGUCAUAACAUCUCAGAUCACAUCAACAGGAGACUGCACGUGAUUGAAGCAAACCAUGUAGACCACCCAGUGUACGUGCCCUACGAGUAUGGCUACGAGGGACAGGGCAGCAAAUGUCAGUCACUUGAUAAGUUGUCACUCAGCAACCUGGGAGAUGAUAUGAUGUUCCUGAAUGACCUGGGGCCAAAGUUCAAGACUUUGGGAACCAUCUGUCAUCAGACAGUUAAGGAAAAAAACAUACAGCUUUGA